AUUUAAAAAUGGCGUGUAAAAAGAGUCCAGGUUCAAGGACUGAAAUUCAGGAAGCAAUUAAAGAACAAGGAGAACAAAUAAGAAAAUUAAAACUUGAAGAACAGACAGAUGAAGUUAAAAACAAGACAUUGUGAUGAUGUCCUUUAAAUUGUUGAAGAACAUUCUUAUUGUACCUAAAUUGUUGCGAGGUUCCUCCUUUUCCUGUUCUUACUGUCUAGACAGCAAGAUUAAGGAAGAAACAGCUAAAUUAGUGGAACUCAAGAAGAAGAUUGAUAAUGAGCAAGGAAGUCAGAAAUUUGUUCUCAAGACACCAAAGGGAACUCGUGACUAUACACCAACGCAAAUGGCUGUUAGAGCUGAAGCAUUUAAAGCAAUUGUUGGCUGUUUUGAAAGACAUGGAGCUGAACAGAUUGAUACACCAGUCUUUGAAAUGAAGGAAACCUUAACAGGGAAAUAUGGUGAGGACUCCAAGCUAAUUUAUGAUCUUGCAGACCAAGGAGGAGAGUUGUUAUCAUUGAGAUAUGACUUAACAGUACCAUUUGCAAGAUACGUUGCUAUGAAUAAAAUUGACAAAAUGAAAAGAUAUCAUAUUGCCAAAGUGUAUCGAAGAGACAAUCCAGCCAUGACAAGAGGACGUUACAGGGAAUUUUAUCAAUGUGAUAUUGACAUCGCUGGGCAAUAUGAUGCUAUGAUUCCUGAUGCAGAAUGUGUAAAGAUUGUAUCAGAAAUACUUACAGACUUAAAACUUGGAGACUUCACCAUCAAGGUGAAUCAUCGUCAGUUACUUGAUGGCAUGUUUGCUGUUUGUGGGGUGCCUGAGGAGAAGUUCCGAUCAAUUUGUUCUGCUGUUGAUAAACUGGACAAGCUUCCUUGGGAAGAGGUGAAGGCCGAAAUGGUGGGAGAGAAGGGACUGGAUCACAGUGUGGCAGACAAGAUAGGAGAGUAUGUGAAACUUAAGGGAGGAAUGGAACUAGUAGAAUCACUGUCAGCAGAUGAAGCUCUCAGUAAAAACAAGAGUGCCAAGGCUGCAUUAGAUGACAUGAAACUUCUUCUCCAAUUUGUGGGAUUGUUUGACAUCACAGAUAAGGUGUCAUUUGAUCUGAGUCUGGCCAGAGGAUUGGACUAUUACACUGGUGUGAUAUAUGAAGCAAUAUUAACAGGAAAACAACCAGAUUUAGGAAAAGCAGCUAAAGGUGAGCCUGUAGGAGUUGGGUCGGUGGCUGGUGGCGGUCGCUAUGACAACCUGGUCGGAAUGUUUGAUCCCAAAGGGAGGAAGGUGCCUUGCGUUGGAGUUAGUAUAGGAAUAGAAAGAAUAUUUUCCAUUCUUGAGGCUAAAGCUAAGGCAGCAGGUAAAGUGCGGGCAACUAAAACACAAGUAUUAGUGGCGUCGGGACAGAAAAAUCUCUUACCUGAACGAUUAAAACUAGUCAACCAGCUGUGGCAGGCAGGAAUUAAGGCUGAAUUACUCUACAAGAAGAAUCCCAAACUGCUGAAUCAGUUUCAGUUCUGUGAAGAAAAUGGAGUCCCGUUUUGUGUGGUGAUUGGUGAAAGCGAGCUCCUGCAAGGAGUUGUAACUCUUAGAGACAUGGCUUCCAGAGAAGAGGCUCUAAUAAAACGGGAAGAAUUGUGUGAUGUGAUCAAAAGACGGUGCUCAGUAAUUGAAGCAGAAUCAGAAUAAAAAGUUAACAAGUUUGAAAAGACAUUGAAUUCCAAACAACUGCUUCCUCAAAGACGAAAACUUAGCACAAUAGCAAAUAAAUUUAAGAGUUUAACCAGAAAUAAAUCGCACCUUGCUGCUCCCUUGUUUUCAGGGUUGAAUUAACGCAAAUACAAUGUACACCUGAAGAAAGAAAAGACAAUAAAUAGGUUCUUCUAACUA